AUACUACCCUCAGUUGCAGCUAAAUCAUACAACAUAUAUCUUUCUUUCCUAAUCUAAAUCAUCUACAAAAUUAUGGCUAGUGAUCUGCAAAAAUCACACGAAAAUGAACGUGAAGGAGCAGAAAUUACAUAUGGAGCUGAAGAUUGCUACCGCAAAAUUGCAGAACUUUUGCAAAACAUGGGAUUUCCAAAAGGAGUCCUUCCUCUUAAAGAACUUGAAGAAUUUGGCUAUGUUCGUAAAACUGGAUUUGCAUGGAUGAAGCAAAAGGCGCCAUACAAACAUUAUUUUAGUUCAAUGAAACUUCUUGUAAACUAUGCAACUGAGGUUACUGCAUAUGUGGAGGUUGAGAAAAGGAAGAUGAAAAAGAUAACUGGUGUUAAGGGUAAGCAGUUACUUAUUUGGGUGACAACAGUUGAAAUGAGCAUUGAGGAUCCUACUUCAAACAAAAUUUAUUUCAACAAUCCUAUAGGAAUUGGAAAGUCUUUUCCAAUCACUGGUUUUAUGACUGAGGAGGAAAAGCAUAAGUACCUGGAGAAAUCCAAUGAGUAGUAGUAGUAGUAUAUUUUUGCGGUGUAUUCAGAAUUUUAAGUUUAUGAAUUUUGGAUUCGGAAAAA